CAUCGGGAAGGCGCAGCCGCCAAUAGUCCACGUUGUGACUCAUCCAGACAGCUGCAGGGACAACUGGAACGGAAAUUAUGGGGGAACAACGCCUGGCUCGGGCCGCCUUCCUCUGGGGUCUUAGUGGGAUCUACCUGUUUGCCUUCCUCUCCCUGUAUACACAGAUACCAGGACUCUAUGGCCGAGAGGGAAUCUUGCCAGCCUGGAAGAUGUUACGUUUUUCUGGUAAAGGCUUAUUGGAGCAGUUAAAGGAUGCACCCACCCUUCUCUGGCUGGGCCCUUAUGUGGGGCUUGACACAGAACAAGGCAUGGAACUUAUCUGCUUGCUGGGAGCUCUCCUGUCACUGGGGGCACUGCUAUUCCGCUGCUUUCGGGAUAGCCUAGUUUUUCUCUUGCUGUGGAUCCUGUAUCUGUCCUUGUAUCAGGUUGGGCAGGUCUUUCUCUAUUUCCAGUGGGACAGCCUUCUGCUAGAGGUCGGGUUCCUUGCUGUUCUGGUCGCCCCUCUGCAUGUUCUGCGUGGAAAGACGUCUGUUUGGAGCACUCAUGACGGUAUAACAUUCUGGCUGAUUCGAUGGCUGCUUUUCAGACUCAUGUUUGCAUCAGGAGUUGUUAAACUGACCAGCCGGUGUCCAACAUGGUGGGGGCUCACAGCUCUUACAUACCAUUAUGAGACCCAGUGUAUUCCAACUCCAGCCGCUUGGUAUGCUCACCAGUUUCCAGUUUGGUUCCAGAAGCUCUCAGUGGUGGCUACUUAUGUAAUCGAGAUUGGAGUCCCUUGGCUUUUCUUCUUUCCUUCUCGAAGGCUCCGCCUGUUCUCUUUUUACACCCAGAUUCUUCUUCAAGUCCUCAUCAUCCUCACUGGGAACUACAACUUCUUUAACCUGCUGACAAUAGUGCUCUGCUUAUCUCUGUUAGAUGAUCAGCAUCUCACAUGCACCCAGCAGAGCAAAAAGUCUGCACAGAAAGGUCGCUCGUUCCUGUCCUAUUUUGGUACUUUCCUGGAACUCUCAGUUUUUGGUCUGCUCAUUUUCUUGACCAUAAAAUAUUUUGACCUUCAGAUAAACUGGGACAAAUAUAUGGUGGAAUCUAGAACAGCUUUCACUUAUCACGACUUCAUUCAGUGGCUCCGGACUUUCACCUUUCCCUCCAUUUGGAUAGGAGCAGCAUUUCUUGCUUGGGAAAUAGUUACUGGAAUGUGCAGGAGUACAUCUGUUCGUGGUUUCUUUUGGAAACUCUCUUCAUUGAUACAGUGGUCAAUCUUUUCAUGUGCUGCAGUUGCUAUGUUCACAGUCAGUCUGGUACCCUACACUUAUGUUGAGUAUGAAUCAAGUAGUCAGCUCUGGCCAUCUGUGCGGCAAGUGUUUAAGACCGUGGAUCGUUAUCAGUUGGCAAACUCAUAUGGUUUGUUUCGAAGAAUGACCGGCGUUGGAGGGAGACCAGAGGUUGUGGUGGAAGGAAGCUAUGAUCGAGAGACAUGGACGGAGAUUGAGUUCAUGUAUAAGCCAGGAAACAUCAGUGUGGCUCCCCCUGUGGUUACACCCCACCAGCCUCGCUUGGACUGGCAGAUGUGGUUUGCAUCUCUUGGACAUCACUCACAGAGCUCCUGGUUUACGAGCUUUGUCUACCGCCUCUUACAGGGCAACAAAGAUGUUAUUCACCUGGUGCAGAAUGAUGAAUCCCUGUAUCCCUUCCACGCACACCCCCCUAUUUACAUCAGAGCCCAACUGUACAAGUACUGGUUCACAGAGGCUGAUGAAACCGGACCAUUGUCCAAAAACUGGUGGCGCCGGCGUCAUGUGGAAGAAUUCUUCCCUACUGUGAGCUUAGGAGAUCCCACACUGGAGUCCUUAUUAACAGAGCUUGGACUAAAGGACAAGCCACCUCUUCGUCGGUCCUUAGAUGCUCCCCUUCCUUAUACACUCAAGCUCAUUAGAGAAUUCCUUAAUUCUUUUCCUGCACCCUUACUCCUCUAUUCACUCAUUGUGACAGUCUUCACUAUUUCCCUCUUCCAAUAUUUGCUAACUGGGAGACGCAAGUCAGGGCAUCCCAAACAGCGAAGUCAUGACAAGUCUCACACUGAGAAGAAAAAACAGAAGGGGAGCAGUGGACAGGGGGAAUCUGCAAAGACCUCUGGCCAUACAGGAGACCCAACACGCAGAAACAAGAAGAGCGAAAAGAGUUAAUGAAAGCAGGAGUCAUACUCUCUUCCUUCCACCUACCACUACUGUUCAUUAACUGGUAAUGAUGGGGAGGUAACACCAUAUUACCAUAAGGUGUCCUGUUUUGGGGUGAGUUUGUAAGAGAUAUUUGUUCUACAUGUGUCAAUAUUUAUCUGAAAUCCCUAAAAGACCCACAUCAGCACACACGCUCUUGAUAUUGCCAACUUCAAAUAACCCCUUUUGUGGAUCCAUUUUGUUUGUUUUUACAACAUUUUGUAGAUACGGUAAUUGAACUUUAUAUAGGUUAUUUUAAAAAUAAAUAUUCUCACAUUUUCUUUAAGUUAAUUGACAUCAAAGAUUGGUGACAUCUCGAUUCUUUUAUACAAAUGAACUUCCUACUACAUUGGCUCAGAACUUGCCAGAAGAAUAAUCUGCAUGUGUGUUACAAUAUCUGUAUUUGAACUGUAAUAAAAUAUUUCCAAUGUAUUUUUAAUACAGUUUUUAAUUAUCUGCAAAAUGUUGGUUUUAAAAAGAGACUGUUAUGAGUCUGAUAUAAUCAUCCUAAAAAUGGAUUGGUCCCUUUGACACUGAUUGCACCCUUCUGACCUAUUUUAUGUAUAUUUUGCUUUAUCAAGCAGGCAGAAUUUUUUUUAUUUUUUUUUAGCUUAAUUGAUUAUGUCAAAUCAAAUUGGUCCUAAAAAUGUUUAUUGUCAUGUUGAAGAUCCUGCUUUUUGUUUUGCUGCCAAACUGAUGUUUAUCGGGAAAGAAUUUACUAUACUUGAGGUUCGGGAAGAAGAAAUGUGUGAAAGCCUAGAUUGUUUUUUUUACCACUUGUUGGCCAUGAGCUUGUCCAUGCUGUUUUUCAAAAUAUCCAAUCAAGUGACUCUAUGAAAGUGCCUUGUUAGACAGGAAUAGGUAAGAUCCUGUGACCACAUGUUCUGUUGGUGCCUUAUUGCUGUAGUGGGUGAUCGCCGGGUUUAAAGAAACUGUACAAUAAGGGUUAUUGGCACUGGUGUGUGUUUGUAAGAUGAAUAUAUUCUAGUAAUGGUUUUCUUUGCCCUUGAAUAGACAAAGCUGUGUCUAACCUAAUUUCUACAGCAGUAUCUGAGCACCGUGUACUUUUGGUAAAGCUGUAUUAUCAUAACCUCAUACCUUCCACUAAAGGUUUCCUAAAUGGCAAUUAAACCAAUGUUAAGAGAUAGUCAGACUGAGGAGCAGCACCACUAAACAGAUGUCCUCAUCUAUCUGCAACAUAUGCCAGUGUUAAUAAUCCUUACAAACAUGCGUCCAAUCACACAAUUCUGUUACAUGAAUGUUCACAAAGUGUAUGUCUGAUCCCCAUAUUAUUUCCAAAGAGGCUUUUGUCAAUUGGUAUUUUAUGCACAUCAUUUUGUAUUUUUUAAUAAAUCAUUGUUUGCAUAUCUGCGUCACUUUU